UAACAUUGAACUGUCACAUAAGUUAAAGAAAACUGAGCGAAUUUAAUUUUUUACACCUUGAAAAUAUAAAAUAACCAUAGAGUCAAGCUUUACAAGAUACAGAAUUUAUUUUAAUAGCCAUAUCGCAUACAUUCUGUAGCAGCUUCUGCAUGCAAAGAAUAAUCUAAACGUAAUUAGUUGAGCAACAGCAGCAAUGGAAGAAGUAAAUAUCUCGGAAACAGAAUCUCGAUAUUAUUCGGAUCUAUUCAAUGUCUGCGACGUUGAAAAGAGGGCAUCUAAAGUUCCAAAUCUGAAAGCGACGGAAAUGUUUCGAUCAGCCAAUUUAGAAAAUGAUAUUCUAAAACAGAUCACAACACUAUCUGGAAUUUCGCAGUCAUCAACGCACAUGUCACGUGUGCAAUUUUAUUCAUGCCUGAAAUUUAUAGCUGCCUAUCAAGCGGGACUACCACUGCGACACGAAAUGUUGGCCUCAACUGUAGCACUUCCAUUGCCAAAAUUUAGUUGGAAAGAUUCGCCCGUUCAAAACACAGAAACGGAAUUGAAUGGACGGAAUGAUAUGAAUCGUAGCUCCAGCAUCAAUGACUUAGUUAGGGAAAAUCUAAAUAAUGCAACAAAUUCGGAUAAUAUGACCAGCACCGAUUCCGAGGUGGAACAGAACGAUAGUCAGUCGCAUGAACGGCGUCGUCACGGCGGUUCGCCAGAAGCAUGGAGCACGGCAAGUGAUAGUCCAACUCCGACAAAUAGUGUAACAGAACGUCCUUGGGCGAAAACAAAUUUAUGGCAUGGUUUGCUAUGCGAAGAACAAAGACAAUUACUUGGCACUGAGGAAGAAUCUUCCGAUCGACAUAGCAGCGAAGAUGACAAUGACACGGACUUGGAGGCCAUUUAUCAGAUUACACCCGAGCAACGAGAGUAUUAUCUAACUCAAUUCCGAACCCUGCAGCCCGACAAAAGUAAAUUGUUGUCGGGGCCGAAUGCUAGAGUCUUCUUUGAAAAAUCUCGAAUUCCUGUCGACGAACUGCGACACAUAUGGCAACUUUGCGAUGUAACCAAAGACGGUGCAUUGAGUCUGGGCGAGUUUACAGCAGCGAUGCACUUAGUCGUCUUGCGUAGAAACAACAUUCCAUUGCCACCUGUAUUGCCGGCAUGUUUGAUGCCAACACUAAAUGAAACACGGCCAUCGGAGCCGCUUGAAGCGGAUCUACUCCAUCUUGACGAUGAAGCAGUAGAUUUUCAACCGAAUGCCAACGACUUGAAACGAAUGAUAUCGUCGCACAUACACGAGACGACUGUAAUUCCGCAGAGCAGCUCUAUACCGAAUAAGGUCAAUCAGUCGAGUCCUACGAUGUCCAACAAAUCUCAAACGAUCCACACACGAUCGAAUUCGAAUAGUCCAUCGGUUGAGCCAGUCACACCACCCAAACAACAUAAAGAAAUCGAUUGGAACAAUCAGAGCAAGGAAUGGACGAAAUUUACCGAAUCUCCUACGUCAAAUGUAUCGAGUCCGGGUCCGAAACCCGUUAACAUUGAUAUGCAACGUACUGCACAAGCCGUGUUGUCCGAUCCACAAAUAUUACAUCCGGUACCAGUGCGUGUUACGCCGAUCGGUAAUUUUGUUUUCGCAAUAAUAAUCUCGAACGUGCAAUUGGUAUUCACAUUUUACCGUAACACAGGUGUAGAUGUCUUAGACGACGAUGGUGCGCGGCUGACAAAUCGUAAAUCAGAGACACUGUUCUUUGACAACGGCAUCGUACGCGAUGCUGAAGCUAGUCCGAAACAAAUUAAUAUCAGCAACAGGGAUUCACUGCAAAAUGAUUUGCGAGCAAUUCAACGACCCCAACCGAAAAAGUUGCCAACAAAAAAUGUGGGUGCCAUUCCACCGCCACCGCAACGUGAAAGCAGCAUCGGCCCAAUCGAAGAAAAUCUGUCAACAUCGCCUAAUAAACGAGAGCCUCCAUUGCCUCCGCCACGGCCACACAAACACGCUCGAAGUAGUAGUUUAGAUUUAGAUAAAUUGAAAUUAAAUGCACCAGUGCCACCGGAGGUUCCGCCCCGAGUAUCACCGCAGAUGAUUUCACAAAUAAGUCUGGACGCGCAGCUGGAUGCGGCCGAUUCUUCAUUCGCCGAUUUUGCACACUUUCCAGAAACAGUUAUUGAGCAUGAGGUAUCGUUGCGAAAGCGUCAACUUCCCGAUGUACCAGACGGUCACACCGCCGACGAAUCCGGACGAUUUCCUCACAUACGGCCAUAUCAGCAACCAACAUCUUACAUUGACCCCAACGCGGACAGUUCACAUUUACGUAUGAGCCAAGUGCAAGUACCAUCACUCCAAUCGUCACAACGAUCCAGCGCAUUCGAAGUGUAUCGCAAGCCAACACCGCGUGAAGUGAAUUCACCGGAAGCAUCAUCCACCCGGCCAAACAUCGACUACGAGAAACGAGUGUCGGCCAUCAGCGAAACGCUGCGCCAAGUGUCGUUGAAACAGGAUCGCCAGCUGAACGAUGUGGUGCAACAGUUAAAGGAACAAAAUAGCUUGCUGCUGAAAUUGUGCAGUGAUUUGAGCGAUGAACUGUUGACGGUUAGACGUCAAAAGGAAGAAAUCAAACAGAAAUUGGAUACGGUCGGAGGAGGAGGAGCAUCGAGCAGUGGAGCAGUGGUAGGUGGAUUGCAUUCGACUGAUAUAAUAUAAAAAAAUGCAGGAAUUUCAUGUCUUUGUUCUAAAUUCUAUUUUUUUUUUUAAAUUGAUCAUUGUCAAUCGUACACACAGAUAGACUCAGACUCAUUUUAUCGAACUCAUGGUUAAGAUGGAUGAAUAUUUAUAUAUUUUAUAUUAAAAUAUUAGACACUCUGAUUCCUUUUCAUCAACAACAAAUUCAGAAUUACAAAAAGAAAAUGAAGAAAAUCAAAUUUAAAUUUAGCAAAAAAAAAGCGAAACUAAAACGUGUGCAUUUGUGUGUGUGAUGUGUGUUCCUGGCUGUACAAAUGUCCGAAUUAGUUAAUUAAUUUCGAUUUGUUUUACGAUUAUUUUUUUUGUCAUAUUUCUACUAUGUAAUGCUAAGUCUUAUAAGAUUAAUGAAAAUAUUACGUAAGUCAAUGUGUUGUUCGAUAUAUAAAAUACAAAAAAAUAUUUCCAUAUCAUUUUCGGACGCUUGUACACGACAGGGCUUUUUAAUUUUCCGUUUCCCCCCGAGCACCGAAUGUUUUUAUUCUAAAGAAAAGAAAAAAUUAUAAUGUAGCACAUCAUCAGCUAAUCGUUAAUUAAUAAAAAGAAAAUCUAAAAAUCAUCAAUUGAUUAAGUAAUAAAAAUUUAAUUGAAUAAAAUUAAAUGAAGAAAAACCCUAAAAUUAUUAUCUAUAAAUGACUAACGUAUGGAAAGUAUUUUUAUAUGAAAAAUGAAUCUAAAAAAAAGUGAACAUAAAAUUCUAAUACCAUUGGAUAUGAAUUGCGAGUGAUUUUCAUUUCUUUUUCCUGUUUUUUUUAUUUUAUUUAAAACAAAUUUUGCGAAUUUUGGUUGUAGCAAAAACGAGGAAAAAAGAAAAGAUUUUUUUAAAAUUAGAAAACGCUUUUAAUGUAAAGAGAAAAAUUAUUAAAGAAAACAAGAGAGAAACAAAAAAAAUCAUAAAAACAAAAGGUGAUAUAUGUAAUUUAGUGCUUCAAAAGCGUUAAAUUUUGUUAAAUAUUCUAUUGUACAUUGUAAAUUUGUUAUAGUUGGGUGUAUUUUAGCAAAAAAAAAGAAGAAGAAGAAAAACACAGAAAAAAAUCAUUUAUAUUUUCUCAUCGAAACCCCAUAUUAUAGCAAGUCAGCCAUAUAUAACGUGUGCGAGUGUAAAAGAAAGUGAUUGAUUAGAAUAACGUGUCUUUUGAAUAAACAGUAGCUCAUUUGACUAUCAAAACGAUUCAAUACUCAAUACUCAUCUUGUAAAAGUAUUACUUCUCGGUAUGGUUUCGAUUCACAAGAAACAGAUUUUAAAAAACUCACAAAAUAAAACAUUCGUUUUGAUUCAGGCUCGGAACAAGUCCAAUUCAGGUCUUUCACAAUCAUCUCACCUUAUAGACGACUCGGCUAUAGUCUGAAGGUGGCUUGAUUUUGUAUACGGAAUCUGUUGCUUCUCAGCGCACAUAUCGGUUUUUUCUGUAGGAAACAUAUUAAAACUGGAAUAUCUAAUCAGGUCAGCUUCAGGGGUUACCUGCAAGUAUAACAUGAAGUUGACUUUUUUUUUAAAGAUUUAGAGAUUGAAUACGUUGUCUACUAAAGCAUCCACAUGUGUAAUUGAAAACAGCUAACUACGAAUCAUGGCACCUUUGGAUUAUAGCCGAGCUUUCUUUAAGAUGAUUGAGUUAAUUUUCGAAAAUCCGAAUUUCAUCUGUUCCUGAGUCUCAGAUUUUAAAGUGUCUUCUCAAAUUAAAAAAAAAAACAUCAAACGCUCUAGAGUGGUUGUUCGCUUCAUUCAACAACAGGACGAACAACUUAUUAUAAAUUAAACAAUUUCAGUUAUUACUCAACCUACCAAAGUUGUAGAUUCUGUUUUUACGGAUCUGAAAUUUUCGUACAAAUUUUUACAGACACCUACCUGAUUGGUACAUUAAGGUUAGGGCAAAAUUUGAUUAGGUCAGUACAAGGUCCAAACAUGACCUGAGAAUUCCUGUAGCAAUGUUCACAUACAACUGACCAGUUCUGAGCUUCAAUUUCAGUCUGACUCGGUUGAAGUUAUUGUCCGAGUGACAGACAUUUUAUAGUUUUGUUUGUACUUUCUACCAUUAACUGACGAUGAAUCUUCAGAUGCAUAGGAUAUAGGAUAGCCUUUAUUUCCUUCAUUAAUACGUAUGUUCGAAGUUUUUCCGACCAGGUGUUAAUACAUUUCUGAAAAUUUUUACGACCCUCUCGAAGACCACUUUUCUGGAAGUUAUCCGAUAUAAGUAACAGGAUUCGGUUCUGAUGUGAGAAUAGAGAAAACGAAUUGAUUCAGGCGUGAACAUAAUAUAAUCUUGAUUUUGUAUAAACCUGCCAAAGUGUUCGCUUUCCCUCUCAAGUUUUAUAGUUCAAGAGAAUGCUUUGCUUGCAAUCAUUCGGUUUGUAUUCCAUUAACAUACAACAAAAUAACCAAUGCUCUUAUUGUGUGUCCUAGCUAAUAAUUUCAGUGCUGAUAAUCGAACGAUAAAAUUCAUGUAACAUUUUCUUCUUAAACAAUAAAAUAUCACUAACGACCUGAUAUAGAUUUGAGCAACAAAAUUAUUCCUCUGCCAAUAUUCCUACCAUUCACCAUAAAACGAAUAAAACAUUUUUAAAUAAAUUGCAGUCGUUAUACACAAUUUUAAUCAAUUACUUCUUAAUUUCAUGUUGAUUAGCCGAUAAUCCACCAUUUGAAAUUAAUGUCUCACACAAAGAAAA